UUCUUUUGCAAGCGAAGAUGGAGGUCAUCACGGGAGCAAUCGGCAGCCUGCUCCCCAAGCUGGGCAACCUGCUCAAGAAGGAAUACAACAUCCAGAAGCGCGUCAGGGGCGAGAUCCUGUUCCUCAAGGCCGAGCUGGAGAGCAUGGAGACUGCCCUUGUCAAGAUCUCAGAGGCACCGAUCGAUCAACCACCUGACACCCAAGUCAAGCUUUGGGCAAGGGAUGUGAGAGAGCUGUCCUAUGAGCUCGAGGACAACAUCGACAAAUUCAUGGUGCGCAUCGAUGAUCCAACCAAUCCGCACAGCUUCAUGGGCUUUAUAUACCAAUGCCUCAGCUUGUUGACCAAGGCCAAUAACCGCCACAAGAUCGGAUCGGAGGUCAAGGGAAUCAAGAACCGCAUCCAAGAGGUCAGUGAGCGGCGCCGUAGGUACAGGGUUGACAAUAUUGUCGCACAGCCUCUUGGCCCGAUCACUAUUGAUAGCCUUCGCCUAGCAGCCUUGUACACAAAGACAACAGAGCUCAUUGGCACCGAUGAGAAGAGCCAAGACAUAAUCAAGGAGAGGCUGAUGGUGGCAGACGAUGAGUCAAACAAACAAAUGAAGAUAGUUUCUAUUGUUGGUUUUGGAGGAUUAGGAAAGACAGCCCUGGCUAAUGUUGUCUAUAAAAAGCUGAGAGAAAAUUUCGACUGUGGGGCUUUUGUUUCUGUCUCUCAUAAUCCUAUCAUGGUAAAGAUUUUCAAGGACUUGCUCAGUCAACUUGGCAACAAGAACUGUGACAACAUCAACGAUGAAGGACGACUCAUUAUGGAAAUCAGAGAACUCCUUGAAAUAAAAAGGUACAUCAUUGUUAUUGAUGACAUAUGGGACAUUCGUGUGUGGGAAAGAAUCAAACGUGCUCUCAUUGAGAAUGAAUAUGGAAGUAUAAUAAUUACAACAACUCGCAUUCUUGAUGUGGCCAAACAAGUUGGUGGUGAUUACAAGCUAAGGCCACUUUCCUCCGUUGACUCAAGAAGGUUGUUCAACCAACGAAUAUUUGGUGUUGAAGAAAGAUGCCCUCCUAGCCAACGAGCUCUCGACAUAUCUGAGAAAAUUUUAAGGAAAUGUGGGGGCGUACCAUUAGCCAUUAUUACAAUAGCUAGUAUGUUGGCUAGUAAAAAGGAAGAAGAAUGUACACAUCAGUACUGGUCCCGUGUGUACGAAUCUAUGGGUUCAGGGCUAGAAAAUAGUUCUGAUGCUUUGAAGGACAUGAGGAAGAUAUUAUCAGUUAGUUACUAUGACCUACCACCACACUUGAAGACCUGUUUAUUGUAUCUAAGUUCGUAUCCAGAGGAUUAUGAGAUUGAAAUCAAUGAAUUGAUAUGGAGAUGGGUAGGUGAAGGUUUUAUUCGCGACGAACAGGGGAAGAGCUUGUAUGAAGUAGGAGAAGAUUACUUCCAUGAGCUGAUUAACAAAAGCUUGAUCCAACCACAUCAUAUUGAUGUUGGCAAUAAGGCAAAGUCUUGUCGUAUACAUGAUAUGGUGCUCGAUCUCAUCACUUUCUUGUCAAAUGAGGAGAAUUUUCUAACACUAGUUGGUGGUCAGCAGCAUGUAUUGACACCAAGUAAGAUACGUCGACUCUCCUUCCAUACAAGCAAGAAGGAGGAUGUAAGGCAGCCGUCAAACAUGAGCUUGUCCCAUGUGAGGUCAGUUAUUGUGUUCAAUCAAGCUUUCAGUCCAUUGAUAGAAAUUUCGGGUUUUCCAGUCUUACGUGUGCUAGAUAUAAGUGAUUGUAAGCAAAUCAAGAAUCAGCAUUGUAAGGAUAUUUGCAGUUUGUCGCAUCUGAGAUAUUUGAGGCUACACGGGACAUCUAUCACUAAGAUUCCAAUGGAGAUUGGGAAUCUAAGGUUUCUGCAAGUACUGGACAUAAGUCGAACUAAAAUAGUAAAGCAGCUGCCGUCAACCUUCAGUCAACUAACAAAGCUGGUGUUGCUUAACAUGCUCAAUAGCAUCGUCUGUGAGGCGCCAAGAUGGAUGUCCUCGCUACUUUCCUUGUCAUCCCUGAGUAUCACAUUAGGAACACUGCGGGAUGAGUACAUUCAGGUCCUCGGGAGCAUAUCAUCUCUCAGUGAUCUCUGCAUUCACGUGGAAAACCCCACGCAAGGGAGAAAUAAAAGGUUGGUGAUUGACCGUGCUUCUAAAUUCCUGUGUCUCAAGAGGUUCACUAUCAGGAGUCGCCACUCAGAAAUGGAUUUAUUAUUUGCGCACGGAGCCAUGGAAAAGCUUCAAAAAAUUGAGUUACAACUUGGACCGUUUAGGACAACUGAAUUUGCUGACUUUGACUUCGGCAUAGAGAACCUGUCUUCUCUAGAGUAUGUCUCGAAUGGGAUGGUCUACUACGAGGAGCAGAGGCAGCAAGCUCUGGACGCUGCAAUUCAGAAAGCUCUCCAUAUGAAUCCCAACAAGCCCAAAAUGAUAAGGCCGAAGAUACACAUGAUCAUCAGGAUAGCCGUCAGCUCUUCCAAAGCUAUAAAGGUGGCUGCCUCAUGUAAUGGGGUGGAGUCCGUCACUCUCAGUGGCGGUGACAAGAACCUGCUUCUGGUGAUCGGCGAUAUAGAUUGGACUUACGUCAUACGGAAGAUGCGGCGGAAAGUGUGUCACGCCGAGGUGCUGGAGGUACAUAGAAGAUACGAUGGAAGAUACGAAAGCACUGAGUUCUCUAUCCCGCCGCCGCAAGAAAUCUCACGGGGCGAGGCCUGAGCGGCGACGGCGGGCAACUCCCCUGGCAGCGGCGCGUAGCUCGGCGGCGACUCAGUGACGAGGAGCUUCAGAAACCCGCCAACGAGCAUGAUUCGACGGCGAUGAUGGAGGCAAGGCCACCUCACGACGGAGGCUCCGCUGCGGCUACGGCCAGGAUAUCCUGGACUUGAUCGCGGCCCAGAUGAGCCUGAGCGGGCUGGCGGCUCUUGACCAGCAGUAGCAAGCUGGCGCGGUGGCAUGACGAUGCCAGCUGCUAGGCACCGUGGGGGUGCCGACGGCCGGCCAAGCGACGGUGAGCUACACUAGUACGAAACAGGUUUCCACAUUUGGCUGAAACCGUCAAACGAUGGACCAUGCUCCUCUACAAUGCACGCAGUUAAAUAAACUGUGCGCGGCGGGUUCUCUGCUUACACAUGUUCUUGUUUUUAGAAUUGUUUGUGAUUUGUAGGUCCAUCAAAAACUUUUUGUUU